AUGCCUUUGUCGAGGAAGAGAACACUGCAAAUCAGCGCGAUUUCUAUCUUCAACAUGGCUUCUCGUUUCCAGCAUAUCCAUCUGCUCAGCCCAUCUCCUAUCUAUCUAUCUAUCUAUCUAUCUAUCUAUCUAUCUAUCUAUCUAUCUAAUUCAGUCCGUUCAUUAUCUAUCUAUCUAUCUAUCUAUCUAUCUAUCUAUCUAUUCUACCGAGAAAAUUAUUUACGGAGUGUCAUUAAGUCAGGCAUCAGCAUCACCCAUAAAAAGCAUAGACUUAUUUUUGGCUUGAAAAUGAGAGAGUUUAAAUACACAAUGAAUCAACCAAAUGGCUCCGUUGAAUCUAAACGAAGACGACCAACAGACGGGCGGACGAUUUGUCUAACGAGUCGAUGGAUGUGUAAAAUAUUGCGCCAGUCACGUACCUUUCAUGUCAGACAUGCAUCUGUUUGUCUAAAAGUUGUUUCUAUCUAUCUAUCUAUCUAUCUAUCUAUCUAUCUAUCUAUCUAUCUAUCUAUUUCAGUCCGUUCAUUAUCUAUCUAUCUAUCUAUCUAUCUACAGGGGCCGACACUAUUUUUCAGACACUUUAUUUUUUCAAGUUUUAGCAUACUUAAGUACAAUUUCGUGAGCUUUCUUUGUACAGUUCGAACACUGACGUCAAGUUCACACUUCUCCUUUACUUUCUUCGCUGUCACCAUUUCUCCAGAUGAUAACAACCUCGAAACACUCCUCUUCAUUCUUCUUUCUGUUCUCUUGGAAAUUGUUUUUUCCCCUCCUCUCUUCUUCUUCUUCUUCCGCUCAUAUGACCUAAAAAUAGUGUCGGCCCCAUCUAUCUAUCUAUCUAUCUAUCUAUCUAUCUAUCUAUCUAUGUCUGUUCUUAUCUAUCUAUCUCAGUCUGUUCGUAUCUAUCUAUCUAUCUGUCUCUAUCUAUCUAUCUAUCUAUCUAUCUAUCUAUCUAUCUAUCUAUCUAGCUAG